UUAUAUGGAUAUUGAUUAUAUGGAUAAGCUUGUUGUGCUCGUGGAUCUGCUGGACAAAGUAUUUAUUUUGAUUGUGAAGUUGUUUCACCAUAUAAUCAAUAUGCUCAACCACGUUGGUCACGAUCUGGCAAUCAACCAUUACCAUAUAAAGUGCAGAGUACAACGCUUCCAGGUAAUCGUAAACUUGCACGACUUGCAAUUCCAGAUGCAACUCAGAGUGAUGCUGGUCGAUAUGAAUGUAAUGGUGGUACUGGUAAUGCAAAUGAUCAAGCUUCAAUUGAUUUACAAGUAACUGAAGGUGGUUAUUAUCCUCGACAACCAGCGCAACCUCAACCACAACCACAGCCACAACCACAAUAUCCUCCAUAUGAUCCAUAUAAUCAAUAUCCAUAUAAUCAACCAAAUUAUUAUCCUGCUCAACCACAGCCACAACCACAACCACAACCUCGUCCUCAACCUCAACCACAAACUCAACCUCCGCCACAGCCAGCUGCUGACGAUGGAGGUAACGAUGAAGGAGAUGAGGGUGAAGAUGCUGGCAUAGAUGAAGAUCAAGAACCAGCAGCUGAAGCAACAACAACAAUAAAAACAACAACUCCACAAGCAUCUGCAGCUCAGGAAGAAGGUGGUGAAGGUGGAGAAGAUGAAGGUGAAUAUCCUGAAGAUUAUACGGAAAAUGACAAGUAA